UUUUUGGCUGAAAUUGACACACAAUGAGGAGUCGGGAACAACCUCACAAAUCGCUGCUGUAAAUAAACAGAACAACAUACGGCCCAAGAAUAAUGGAGAACCAGUGUACGGUGCAGGUGAAGCUUGAGCUGGGUCACCGGGCGCAGCUGCGUAAGAAGGUGACCUCUGAGGGCUUCACCCACGACUGGAUGGUGUUUGUUCGCGGCCCCGAGACCGGAGACAUCCAGCACUUUGUGGAGAAGGUCGUCUUCAGGCUGCACGAGAGCUUUCCCAAGCCCAAACGAGUGUGUAAGGAGCCUCCGUACAAAGUGGAAGAGUCGGGUUAUGCAGGAUUCCUCAUGCCUAUUGAGGUCUACUUCAAGAACAGGGAAGAGCCAAAGAAGGUGUGUUUCAACUAUGACCUGUUCCUCAACCUGGAGGGCAACCCCCCUGUCAACCACCUGCGCUGCGAGAAGCUGACCUUCAACAACCCCACCAGCGAGUUCCGACGCAAACUCAUCAAGGCCGGAGGGAUGCAGGUGGUUCCGGAGGGUGUGGAGGUGGUGUCGCGUCCCAGUCCAGACUACCCCAUGCUGCCCACCAUCCCCCUCUCCGCCUUCUCCGACCCCAAGAAGACCAAGAGCUCCCACGGGUCAAAGGACCCCAGUAAGGAGGGGGGCAGUGUGGGCAGCAAGGGCCCCAAGCCCCACAAGCUGGCCAAAGAGCACCGGGACCGCACGCGCAAGGACUCUGAGAGCAAGGCCAGCUCCAAAGUAGGAGAGGCGGGGGAGCGCGACGGGGGCAUCAGCAGCGGUGGCGGCGGCAAGACCUCCCGAGGGGAACCCCCUUCCUCCUCCUCGUCCUCCUCCUCUUCCUCCUCCAAGAAGCAGCCGGGAGACAUAAAGGUCAAAGAGGAGAAGGUGGUUCCCAAGGCGGCCUUCAAGGAGCCCAAACUCACCCUCAAGGACUCCAAGAUGGAGGGCAUGUCUCCUAAAGGAGGGGGUUCGGGCGGGGGCAGGGGGCCGGGUGGUGGUGGUGGUGGUGGCGGCCUGUCGUCGUCGGACGUCAAGGCGCCCAGUAAGAGACCGUCGGCCGUGGAGUCCCCCAAACCCAGCACCAAGAAGCAGAAGAAGGGGAGCAGCAGCAGCGGAGGGCAGGACGGGGGGAGCAAAGGAGGCUCCGGAGGCUUCGCCGGCACCUCCCCACGCGUCUCCUCCUCCUCCGUGGCACAGCCCGCCUACGCGGAGAAGAAGCCUGGCAAGGAGAAGGGCCGCUGGGCCAACAAGGGCAACAAGGACCCCGCCGACGCCAAGGAACACAAGAAGAUGGCCGACUCGGACGACUCUAACUCAGAAGACGAGGCUUCCUCCAAAUCAGAGCAAUCAGCCCCCUCCAGUGUGUCCAAUUCCAGUUCCAGUUCGGAAUCCAGCUCUGACUCCGACUUCGAGCCGCUGCAGAAACAAGGCCAAGGGGGGUCUGUGUAUGCGAGGGCGACCGCUAACGGUUGCAGUCCUCUCUCAGGGCCGCUUCGCUCCAUGGUGGAGGACCUGCAGUCGGAAGAGUCCGAUGACGACGACAGCAGCUCCGAAGAGGAGUCGCCCGUCAAGAACAACCCCUCCAACCGCGACUCCAGGCUGAGCAUGGACAGCGAGAGCGACAGCAGUGACGGGCCGCACCGACCCAGCCGAGACCUGCCGCCCCCCACACAGAAACACAGCGCCAUGAACAAGGUAUCUGGUAGGAAGAGUCCUGACCCUUGCUGUCGCCCUGAGAAGGUGCUCAAGAAGGGAUACGAUAAGGCCUACACUGAAGAACUGGUCGACCUGCAUCGACGCCUCAUGGACCUGAGGGAACGCAACGUCCUACAGCAGAUUGUGAACCUGAUCGAGGAGACGGGCCACUUCAACGUCACCAACACCACCUUCGACUUCGACCUCUUUUCAUUGGACGAGUCCACCGUCCGUAAACUGCAGCGCUACCUGGAGGCCACUCCCACGUGACGCACGGCCCAAUAGGGGGCGGGACUUCUCUCUCCUUCCCUCCCAGGAGACCGGAGAGGGGGAACAGGCGGACAGACGGAUGGACGGACAAGACGGAGAGAUGGCAUAGUGGAAAAAAGAGAAAGAGAGAAUGAAAACGGAGGAGGGAGGAGAGGAGAGUGGGAGAAGAGCAAGUUGAAGGAGGAAGAGCAAAAGGAUCAAACAAACGCAACGCAAAACUCUGGACCGGACAGCAGAGAGAGAGAGUGAGAGAGUAUGUGUGAGAGGAUGGAGUGAUGAUGUGUGUAACUGGAGAGGAGAGCGGCUUCAGAUAAGCUCCCGUACAGUACAGUACAGUGCAGCCGCUCCCUCUACAGAGCGCAGCUGGCAUUCCAAUAUUUCUUCCCCAAAAUGGCACCAUAGCACUGCGGCACCGCUGGCCUGGCCUGGCCUGGGCUGGGUGUUGGGCUGGGCUGGGCCUGGUCUGGCCUGGUGGGGAGGAUUGGCCUGGACAGGGCAGGACAGGACAGGGCAGGGCAGGGCAGGGUGGCUUGGCUUGGCUUGGCUUGGCUGCUCCAUGGCCUCAGUGCAAGGCUGGGUCUGCUCUGCUGUUGAACACCUCAUACGGCUUCACUCCCUUCAUUGCUACUCUUUCACUCCCACACACACACACACACACACACACACACACACACACACACACACACACACACACACACACACACACACACACACACACACACACACACACACACACACACACACACACACACACACACACACACACACACACACACACACACACACACACACACACGCGCGCGCGCGCACAGGCACCCUUUUUACACAGGCAUACCACUUCAUACAUACUCGCCUGGCACACAUGGGUGUAUGUGUACCCUGUUUUCUAAGCUCUGUGAUGCCACCCACUCAAACCUGUCAAACCUUUUGUGCAUGUGUCUUUCUCUAAGAGCAGAAGUGUGUGUGUGUGUGUGUGUGUGUGUGUGUGUUGCGGGUAGCCACCCCAUGUACUAGAGGCUCCAACGUGUGUGUGUGUGUGUGUGUGUGUGUGUGUGUGUGUGUGUGUGUGUGUGUGUGUGUGUGUGUGUGUGUGUGUGUGCGUGUGCGUGUGUGUGUGUGUGUGUGUGUGU